UUCUUUUGUAGCUGCAAGGAUUGAACUUGAAGCGAAGUGCAAGUUGAUUCGCAGUGUGUGAAGCGAAAUUUGAUGCGUGCAAAUACCAUUUGAAGAAGAAAUAGAAAAUAAAAGAAAACGUGAGUUCCUGUUUUCCCUUUAAUUGUCAUUUUUCAUAUGCAAAAAUGGAGCUUUCCCUUUGGUCCCUAGUUGAAUCGUAGCUUCAGCUUUCGAAUUGGAGCAUUUAGAGGAAGAUGCUGUGAUGGAACCGUCAGGAUUCCAGAGAACUCUUAUGAGCAAUAGCAUGGAACCUAGAACUGAAUUCCACCAUGGAUCACACUCAGUAACACAUGACCGUAUGGAUGGCAGUAAUACUAACAGAAGACCACCUGACCUCAAUAAAUCAGAAGUUAAACCUGUACUUAAUUACUCCAUUCAGACGGGUGAGGAAUUUGCACUUGAAUUUAUGAGAGAUAGGGUGAAUCUUGGGAAACCUGUAUUUUCAAAUGUUGGUGAUUCCAAUUAUACAACGGGAUAUAUGGAGCUGCAAGGCAUGUUAGGCAUUGGUCAUGCUGGAUCUGGAAGUGGAUCAGACAUCUCUAUGCUUUCAGUGGUUGACAAAUAUCCAAAAGAGUUUGAUAAAAUAAACACAUCAAUAUAUGGGGACAGAAGUAAUUAUGGGUCCAUUCGAUCAAUACCAACUACUUCAUUGAAUCAAGACAAUAGACAAUUUGUGCAUAGAUAUGGCUCUUCUCGAGGUUAUGAUAGCUCAUUGUUGAUGAUGAAGUUUCUUUGCAGCUUUGGUGGUAGAAUAUUACCACGACCUAGUGAUGGAAAGCUAAGGUAUGUUGGAGGUGAUACACGUAUUCUUCGCAUAAGAAAGGACAUUACUUGGCAGGAGCUUAUGCAUAAAGCAUUGUUAAUCUAUAGUCAGGUUCAAGUAAUCAAGUAUCAGCUUCCUGGGGAAGAUCUUGAUGCUCUGGUAUCGGUAUCAUCUGAUGAGGAUUUGCAGAAUAUGAUGGAGGAAUGCACUCAUCUACAAGAUAGAGAAGGAACGCAGAAGCUUAGGAUGUUUUUGUUCUCAAUCAGUGAUUUGGAGGAUGCUCAGUUUGGUCUUGGUAGCAUGGGGGAUGAUUCUGAGGUCCAGUAUGUUGUUGCUGUUAAUGGAAUGGACUUGGGAUCGAGGAGAAACUCAACCCUGAUUGGUGUCGGCUUUUCAGCAGAUGUUGUGCAUGAAUUGGAUGGACAAACUAUUGAGAGGGAGACCAAUAGAGUUGCUGUAGAAUCUGAAGGUGUUAGCAAUGUUCCCUUGACUAACAAAUUUGACUUGUCUUUGAAUAGUCAGUCUUCGCAACCAGUGCUAUCCACGGCCCCAAAUUCCUAUGAAACCUAUCCUCUGUUUCACAGUGACCAAAUGAUGCACCAUGAGGAGGUGAGAGGUCAAUAUGGCCUUAAUCCUGCUUAUAUGCCGGUUGUUGGAGAGACUCCUAUUACAAUGCCCACUACCCAGGUGGUUAUUAAUCCACAAGGGGUUUUGAAUGACAUCUAUCCACCUAGUGGAUUACAAGUCCAAAGUCCAGAAAUACCUACAACUCUGAUGGCAAAUACUUCAAUUCAACAAGGAAGCGACCCUGGGAAAGCUUUCUCAUUAGAAACACCACUUCCAGCUCCUGUGCAACUGUUUGAUGGUUACCCAAAAAAUAAUCUUCCUGAAGCAUCAGUUGCAGUUAAUGUGCCAGAGGGGUAUUCAUUGCCUCCAACUAAAAAGGACCAGCUUCAGGAUGAUGAAGUGGCUUCGUCUACUUCUAGGAGCACCUUUGGUCCAACUUACGUUGAUUCUCACUCCAAUGCAGUUGACUUGAGUUGUCUUCACCCUCCUCCUCUUCCCAAAAGAGUUUACUAUUCAGAAAGAAUUCCAAGGGAGCAAAUAGAGUUGCUGAAUCGGUCUUCAAAGUCAGAUGAUGCACAUGGUUCUCAGUUUAAUGUGUCAGAAUUACUUUCUGAAGUUAACCCGGCAGAAUCACUGACAGAAUCUGGUGAAAACUUGCAUGAUGGAAAUCUGUCUAAUGUAACCGAGUAUUCGAAGGUCGUAGCAAAGCCCUUGCAAUCAGACGGCAAUACAAUUGAUAAUGGGGCUGUUAAACAUCAAAAGCAAUUGCCUGAUGCAAGCGGACAGCUAAAGUCAAAGUUGAGUGAGCAUGUAAAGCCCGAGUUGAAGCAGGUGUUGGCAAAUAGUGAAGGAAGCAUAGAUGCAAUAAAUAAGGAUAACGUUCUUAAGUUGGAAAGUGAAAUUAACAGUAAGGAUAACCAUAACAAAGCCCUGCUUGGUGAGAAGCAGGGCAGUAAGUCAGACUUAACUACUUUGCAACAGGUUCCUUCUGUUAAGCAGCUUGAGGAUCCAGCAUCAAAUCUUCCAGAUAUCGAUUGGGGUGGUGUUUCUGUGAAGGACUCUAAGGAUGAUUCUGUUGUGCAAGGAUUGCCUGUUUCUGUAAAUGGGAAUGCUACGACCAAUGGUGAUUCACAGCAUUAUCCUUCAAAUGUUUCCAAAGAAGGACAAGGUGACAUUCUUAUUGAUAUUGAUGAUCGAUUUCCCCGUGAAUUGCUUACAGAUAUGUAUUCUAAAGCUUUACUGGAAGAAAGUUCCUCUGGUCGGCAUCCUUUAACCUCAGAUGGAGUGGGUCUAAGCAUAAACAUGGAAAAUCAUGAACCUAAACAUUGGUCAUAUUUUCAUAAACUGGCACAAGAAGGGUUAGAUAAUGUGUCCCUUAUUGACCAGGAUCAUGGUUUUUCAGGUGAGAUGGGAAAGGUGGAAGAAGAUAAUAGAACUCAACAUGUUACGCCUCUAGCAGCUGAAGAAAAAUAUCAGAAUGAUUUAGAUGGAAGAAUUGGAACAGAAACGGCUGUUCCUGAGUCAAACUAUGAUCAUUCCCAAUUGAAUGACGCUGAAAGUAUGCAGUUUGAUGCUAUGAUGGAAAAUGCAAGGGCACAAGAAUCAGAAUUUGAGGAUGCAUUGGUUGAAGCAAGAAAGAGUGCUCUGCCUCCGCUUGAUCCUUCUUUAGGGGAUAUUGAUAUGAGUGGCGUGCAGGUAAUAAUGAAUGAAGAUCUUGAAGAGCUUAAGGAACUGGGUUCUGGUACCUUCGGGACUGUGUAUCAUGGAAAAUGGCGAGGAACUGAUGUCGCAAUUAAAAGAAUAAAGAAAAGCUGUUUCACUGGUCGUUCAUCUGAGCAAGAGAGACUGACUGUAGAAUUCUGGCGGGAAGCUGACAUUCUUUCCAAGCUUCAUCAUCCAAAUGUGGUAGCAUUUUAUGGUGUAGUCCAGGAUGGACCAGGUGGAACGAUGGCCACUGUUACAGAGUUCAUGGUGGAUGGUUCCCUUAGGCAUGUAUUACUUCGUAAGGAUAGGUAUCUUGAUCGUCGCAAGAGACUGAUUAUUGCAAUGGAUGCAGCUUUUGGAAUGGAAUAUUUGCACUCAAAGAAUAUUGUGCAUUUUGACUUAAAAUGUGAUAAUUUGCUUGUUAACUUAAAAGAUCCUUUAAGGCCAAUAUGCAAGGUUGGUGAUUUUGGCUUGUCAAAAAUCAAACGAAACACAUUGGUGUCUGGUGGGGUACGGGGGACUCUACCCUGGAUGGCACCGGAGCUCCUGAACGGUAGCAGCAACAAGGUCUCAGAAAAGGUUGACGUGUUUUCAUUUGGCAUUGUAUUAUGGGAGAUUCUAACGGGCGAGGAGCCAUAUGCAAAUAUGCACUAUGGUGCAAUUAUAGGUGGAAUUGUGAAUAACACAUUGAGGCCAACAAUUCCAAGUUAUUGUGAUAAUGAAUGGAGAACACUGAUGGAGCAAUGUUGGGCGCCUAACCCUGCAGCUCGGCCUUCCUUCACUGAAAUUGCGAGUCGGCUGCGUGUAAUGUCGGCAGCAGCUAGCCAAACCAAAACACAGGGCCACAAGGCUUCUAAGUGAUUCAUGUUGAUACUGAUGCUGACUUUGAUCCCCACUCUUACACCAAAAUAUUGUCUUUGAUAAUGUUAAAAUUUUAUUCAUUGUAUUAUAUUGUACUGUACUCCAAGGAAGCAUAUUACACUAGCGGCAAUCCUCUCUCUAUAUUUUAAGGGAGGAAGGAUUACAGUGUAAGAGUAUUAAAAAACAGCUACAAACUUCGACCAAGGUUCUUGGCAGAUGCUAGCAUAAUUUAACAUGUACAAUGAAUUUUUCAUUUA